AACGUUGUCAUUUUGGAUUAUGGAGGGCCAAGUACUGCAGCAGAAGAAAUUGCUAAUAUGGUUCCAGAGAAGAAGAGGCAGCAGGUGCGAGUUCUGGAUGUGGCCGCAGGUACUGGCUUGGUGGGUUGCCACCUUCAUAAGAAAGGAUUCACUAAUAUUGAUGCCCUGGAGCCCUCUGAAGGAAUGAUGAACAUCCUGAAGAAAACUGGAGUUUACACUCUCAAGUAUCAGGAAUUUAUUGGCACUGGACACAGCACAGUUCCUAAAGAUACUUACGAGGUGGUCGUUGUUUGUGGUUCACUAGCUCCUGGUCACAUCCAAGUUGAAGGAAUCAAUGAUCUGAUCAAUGUUGCCAAGCCGGGUGGAUUGGUGGUCAUUUUGAUGCGAUUGGAGUUCUUUUUGACACAUGAUGAAUACAAAGACAAAAUGGAAAAUUUCAUGGACCGUUUGGAGAAGACGAAUGUUUGGCGAAAGGAAGUGAAGAAGACAGUGCCAAACUUCUACAGCGGCAAAGAAGGAAUAUUGUUUAUAUACCGAGUCCUGUAAGAAACUAGCUCCCUCAUCCCUGCUGCCAGACCUGCAAGUCAUAGAUUCAGCCAACUGUACUCCUCACUUUACAGUUACUAUAUUCUACUGAAAAAAGAACCAUAUUUAAGAGAUUUGAAUAUAGAAAUGAAAAACAAGCAACUGAUGAUGAUACCUCCCAAAAUUAACCUACUUUCUAAUUGUUUUCUCAACUCUAGAACCGGAAACUGAGUAAAAGAUCCUCUUGAAAUUCAUGCCAGGAAACACAUAAAUACAAUACAGUCCAAAUGUAUCAUUAAUUUACAACACAAAAGGACUUAACACAUAAAAUUCAAAUGACACCAAAGGCCCUAAAACAUAAACCAAAGCUACAGUCUACUAGUUACAUAUAUCUUACAGCACUUGGACAUGAUGCACAUAACAACAGUAUGUACCAUCUUUUACAUAAAAACAGGUCCACAUCACUCAAGAAUAAAAUUUUAAACAUACAAAGGCAACUUUCCAAAUUCAUUUAUAUAUAAGACAUACAGAGUUUCAGUUAAUAAAAAGAAUAUUAUAGACCAAGAA